ACAACAACAAUAAACAAAUUGAAGCACUUGCAGGUAAAAAAAUGCUUUAAACAUCUAAUCGACAAAUUCUUUAAGCUUAUAUUUAGAUCUAUAUCUGUCUCAUGGCACAAGAUGACACAGCAGGGUGAGUCAAGGGUCCAAGAAGCACUGGCAAAGUUCCUGAGAAAACACAAGUUGGAGGAGCGCAUCAGUGAUGUAGAUGGGAUAGUUCUGCAGUAUGUCCUCUCCAUACUGGAGGACCUUGGUGAUGGCAGUGGUGUGGGGGAGAACAUUGAUGUCGACCAGUUUGUCGAGGUCAUGGACGCAUACAUACCUGGCUUCGGAGACAUCGACAGUGUGGCAGUGUGUGACUGGAUGUUUGAGUUGGCGUCAAAAAUGUCUCAAGGCACUGCCCCUGAGCCGACUUCUCCCACUGUGACCUCUGACCUUCCUAUGACCUCUGACCUGGUGCAGGGAGCAUGCAGCAGACUGGAGCCUGAGACACGAGCCUCGCGCUGCAGGAAUGCAGGCUCUGCAGGGGACAGUGAGAGGAGCUCGUCUGAGUCAUCAAGUGAGGACAUUGACGCACAGGUAGAUCAGCUGUCGGAGCUGUUCCCAGACUCAGUGCGGUUGGAGUUGGAACAUUGUGUGCGGGGGGCGGGAGGUGAUCUUGAAGGGGCGGUUCAACUUGUCCUCACUAGACACGAGACUGGGGCUUCUAUCACACAGGACAAGAAGCCAAAGGUCAAAAGACCUCAGACAAUCAGUCAGUUGGAUGAUAAGAAGGCAAAGGAAAUGUUGAUGGAAAGGUAUGCCUUCAUAGAUGUGAAUGAAGACAAGAAGCAAUACAAACCAAAGGUGCCAAAAGCAGAACCAAAAAAGCUUGUACGUUACCUUGACAACCAGGUUGUUAACACGAAGGGUCAAAAGUUCACAGAGAUCAAGACAGAGGAGAGUGAGGAAGCUAAGAAUACCUACAUAAACCUGAAACCAGCCAAAAAAUACAGAUUCCAUUAGUGAGAUAUGUAACCAAGGCAACCAAGAAUACCUACAUAAACUUGGAACCAGCCAAAAUAUCCAGAUUCCAUUAUUGAGUAUUGUAACUAACGAAACCACGAAAACCUACAUAAACUUGACACCAGCCAGAAAAUACAGAUUCUAUUAGCGACAUAUGAAGACUUGUUACCUAAAACUGACCAGCAAGUAGACGUUCAAUUAGUGUGAUAUACAGACCUGGUAUCUGCCUGAAACCAGUCAUAAAAUACUGGUUAAUUUGUAUAAUAUAUAGUGACAUCAAAACAGCUAAAAAAUAGAGGUUCUAUAAUUGAAAUAUUUGUAGACCUAUAUUUAUCUGAAACUGAAUAAGAAAUGCAGAUUCACUUUUGACCUAUAAAAGCAUGAAACCAGUUAGAAAAUACAUAUUCCAUAAGUCUGAUUUGUAAUAUUCUGUCAAAUAUCAACCUCAAAACAAUCAGAAAGUACACGUUUCAUGAAUGGAACAAUGUACACUCAGAUGACAGUUGAUCAAUCAAUAUUAGUCUCAACUCAGUGCUGCUCUGCCCUUCAGGUUUAUGAAAUGCUCCAUUUUAUUAGCUUGGCUGUUUUCAGGCAAAACCCGAAGUAUUGUCAUAGCCAUCUCCUUGUCCACAUCGUGCUAAAACCUUUACAUUUUGUCAAGGUUUUGAACAUUGGCUAUAAAAUCAAAUUGCUUCCACCUACAACUUUGAAACUUCAUAUGUAGCUUCACCGUGAUGAGUUCUACACGCCUCACCCAUAUUUGGGUCACUAGGUCAAAGGUCAAGGUCACUGUGACCUCUUAAAAAAAACAUUGUUCUGACAUGCUUUCAUUUAUUUAAAAAUGCACCCACAGCCGAGCGAUGGCACCCGUUAUGCGGUGCUCUUGUUCAUAGCAAGUAUGCAUUGAUUCAUGUCUUGACCACAUGUGAAAGUUCUACAAAAAAGAUAUUUUACCCUCAUGUUGUCUUGGCUCCUUUUGCUUCAAUACAAGUAAUUUAAGGGACACAGCUGUAUACAGAAAAUGUAUGUAAUUCAUUCAAUAUUAUAAAACAUACUCGUACACAAUUUGUGGAACUUGAAAUGUGUGGAUUUAAUAAUAAAAACAUUUAAACUAAAUAUAUGAACAUAACACUGUCUGAACAUAAACAAAUCUUGAUAUUAAACUUUAAAAUGAACGAAAAUCUUUCAGUUAAUAUUGAAAUUGUGCUCAUAUUUUUAUAAUUAAGUUUCAUUGUGAAAAAUACAAUUAACCCCAUGUUAUUUGCUAGCAAUACAAAGGAUGGUAUUGAAUACCAAAAUCAGUAUCGAAUAUUCCCAUUUUCUUUAAGUGCCAUAUUUCUAUGAUCCUCAUAUAUACUGGUUAAUCCAUUUACAAAAAGUUCUCUCUACUUUAAUAUUACAGUCAAACCUAAAUUCAGCGGUCAGUCAAGGGAAAUGACCAAAGUGACCGUUGUCCACAGGUGACCAUUGAAUAUGGAUCACAGUUUUAAGAUGGUUAGUCAGUUGGUAGUAUCGUUACCACGCCCAGUCGUUUCCAUACAGUGUUAAAACAAAUGCUCAUUGCCGUUAACUAAGCAUAAUAACAGAAUUAAUUUACAUUGAAUAAUACAGAAAAAUAUCUUAUAGAUUGAUUUAAUUUCAUAUUGUUUAACUAAAGCAAUGACUUUAUCAACGCUAGUAUCAUUGUUUACUCAUGCAUCUCGUUCAUUCAGUAAAUAAAGCUUGUCACGUGCCAUUGAUGUCACGUCCGUACAAGUCUAAAAAGCGGAUUCGCUGUCAAACCGAUAGUACGGUCUAACUGUACCGUUCUCAUUCAAAGAAAAAUACGCAAACAAAUUGUUACAAUUUAUCAAACGAGCCGGAGCCUCGGUGAACCACUUAAACACCAGAUUGUUCAACCUGCUGUAUUUCGUGUCAUAUUUUAGAUUAAUUUUAAAGAAUUAUCAGAAAAUGUUAUUUUCAAAUCGAUACUCAAGGUUUUAUAAGUACAAUGUACUAAUUAGCGGUCAUUUAAUAAGCGAUAAUUACUUUAAACGUGUCACAAAGGCUGACAUAUUUUCUUUUGAAGAUACCCCCACAAUUAUCCCCGGAAAACAAACCUUCUUAACACCUUAUUAUUUGUUUACUCGCAGCGGGCCGCUUUUAUUAUAUCAAAGGCAAUUACCGCUCUCAGCCGCUUUAACCGCAAAAUAGACGUACAAAUGAUGUGCUGUUUUUAAUUUUCGUGACUCGAGACGACUGACGCUUGACCGUUGAUUUCAGUUCAAACAUGAAUUUUGGAGUUAAAUAUAGUGGCCGUUAUGGACAGGUGACCGUUAUUUUCAAGUGUAAUAUAGAGUGUUUUUUGUCGGGGGGAUUCCAGACUGACCGUUGUUGUCUGCAGGUGGCCGUUAAUUUCAGGUGGGCGUUAGGUCAGUUUCGACUGUAUUAUAAUUAUUAUGAUUUAACAAAACAGUUGUCAAAAAUAGUUAUUAAAAAACAAUUUUAUCAAUGCACGGUGAUGAUCAUUAAUUUAUUAAUCAAUUUUUAUCAAUAAUGGCUUCAUCAUUCUUAUGUAUCAUUUUGUUUUAGUAAUGUUUCCUAAAAUCUCAAAGCAACAGUUGCCAUUACCAAAUAGCAUAAGCUUCUACUACUGUUUAAUAUAAUUGUGUAUAACUGGCGAUUAUAAAAGUUGCCACUUACAUCUGAUAUCAUUUGUGUAUGCAAUCUCUAAUGAUUAUGUUAACUAGUUAUUUGUACAUUAUUGAUAUUUUUAUUUUCACGUAUGAUUCCAGAAUAUGUGAAUCUGCAUUACAAUUCAAUAUAUUUUAAAUGAUGUAAAUAUUUUUAUGAUUUAGAUUUGUUUCUAUGUACCAUUUAUUUUAUAGCAUUUUAUUUUUCACUCUUAGUAUUUUACAGUUUAUAUUGUAAGCAUGAAACCAUUAUUUUAUACUUAAAGGGACGGUUCUCAAAUCAUUGAGUCUAGAGAACUAUUUUAUAGAUAGUUUUUCUCCCAGCCAAGAUAUGUGAAGAUUUCCCUUUAACAUGUUUACUCCAGUUAGAAUAUAUGUAUCCCAAAAAACAACCUUUUUAAAAAGAAAACACUAAUCUGCUGGUACAAAUAUAGCUGACUCAUAUAUACUCCUUUCAAAAUCACACACCUUAUCAAGCGUUAUUAUUUAAUUGGUUGAUAAAAUGGACCAGCGUUGUUUGUACUGAGGGAUUAGUGGAGUUUUCUAUACUCGGCCAUUCGGGGGGUAAGUCUAUUGCAUACAUAUUUUUGUCAGUCCAUACAUUUACUUUAUCAAUUUCAUACAAAUUAAACACAAAUUGAAGUUUUACAUCGAUUGUAACAAUAGUGUGCAAUUGUGUUGUAAAUGCGUUUUACAUUACAUUGAAACUACAUUAUAAAAAGCGUUCACUUAUGAAUGUGUACAUGUAUAAAGUUUUUUAGGAAAGCAUGCAAAUAUAUAAGAAUUAAAAAUCUUACAAUUUCCCUUUUAUUUUAUUUUUUAAUUUAUGUAAAGUAUUAUUUGAAUUGCAUUUUGCAGAUUGUAUAAUUUAAAUGGAUGUGUUAUCUUAAAGUUGGCUUAUCAAUAAUUAUAUUUAUGAAAACAACAAUUUUCUGGCGAGUUACCUCAUUUUAUAUAAUUUAGUCACUAUGGAAUACAUACUGCAGGUUCUGACAAUAUGUAUAGAUACUCUUACUAAAAUACUGGAGUAUUUCCGCAAUAAAAUAAAGCUACAUUAUACAUGUAUUUCACGCUACGAAAUCUGUUCAGGAUUUCAACAGCUAAGAAGUGGAGUACUAGUAUGUGUUAUGUAUUAUACAUAUGAGUAACUUUCAUUGUGACAUUGGCAAAACCUUUUUCCAAUUUAAGAUGUUCACAUUACUUAAGUUUGUAUUAUGGAUUGAUUUAAUAUAUACUAUUUACUACGAAGUAUAGAUAAUCAUCAAACGUUUUUAUAAGAAUAUGUUUAAUUUGUUUUGAGCUCACCCGAGCACAAUGUGCUCAUGUUGACCUUUUGUGAUCACCUUUUGUCCGUCAUGCGGCGUCUGUUGUGCAACGUCCGUUGUGUGGCAUCAACAUUUACCUUGUUAACACUCUACAAGUCACAUUUUUAGUCCAAUCUUCAUGAAAUUUGGUCAGAACAUUUGUUCUUAUAUUAUCAGGGCCCGUAUUCACCAAACAAUUCUUUGACUUAUGUCUAAGAAUAAAGAAAAUUCUUUAAAUUAGAAUAUUCAAGAAUUUCUUUUAUUUUGAGUCAAACCCUGCAGUAAACACCUCAAUCUAUAUUAUUCUUCCUAUAGAACAUUUUGUUAAUGACAUAAUCACCAGUGGAGGCAAGUCUAAGAAUCGGUUAGUGAAUACAGACCCUGGGCUGAGAAUCAAAAUGGUUCCAGACCGUGGAAAACAUGGCUGUCUGGGGCUGGGUAUUUUUUCUUAUAUGGCUAUAGUAAAACCUUGUAAACACUCUUGAAGUCACAUUUAUUGUGAGCUGAAAAACUAGAUCACUAGGUGAAAUUUAAAAAAUAUUCAUUAAUACUUAGAAGUAACUUUUUUGGACCAUUUUUUCAUUAAUCUGCUCACACUUUUUAAGAUAAGUCUUGUUCCAUGGGGUCUCAAGUGAGCGCCAUAGGACACAUGGCCCUCUUGUUUAUCCUGAGGAAAUAUGUAAUAAAGACUGGUGUUCUAGUGAGUUGUAUGGUACUUGUUGAUUGUUCGGCAUGGUUCCACUCUCUCUGCUGGCUGAUGGAAUUCACUAUCACACCAUCAACUUGUGAAAAACUGCCCACUUGACGCAUCAGUCAUGUUAUUGUCCAUAUGGAUCCUCUAAAAAGCUUUUAUUGAAUCUCAGCCAUUUGUUAUAAUUCAUACUUUUUGAGUUUCAUACUACAUCAAAUAAGUAAGUAAAUGAAGAUUGUAUUACUUAUUGAAUAAAAGGAACAAAAACAAAAGCACAUAGUUUAAUACAUGUCAUGAUUGCCAUCAGAACAAUGUUGUCAAUAUAAGUGUUAGCAGUAAGGAACAUAAUGUAACCUUAUCGUUAAUGUAUUAUAAUGUACUAUACCUUGCCACCAACCCUAUAUUAAACAUUAUGUAUAAAAUAAUGCUGGUUUUAGCAUUUCUUUUGCGUUAUGCUGAUGUUUUGCAAUAUACAUGAAUCCUUCAUUCACAUGGUUUUCAUCAACAUUUUGUAUCAAUAUGUAUCAAUAUGUCAUCUAAAAUAAAUUUAUUUUGUAUGACUUAACUUUAUCAUGUGUUGCCAAAAGUUUGUGUCUUUUGUUGUAUUCUACAUUUUCUGUAUUAGCAUUUGGCUUCUAUCCAAUAUUCAAAGUAUUCAUUGAAGACAAAAUCAAAACUGUUUAAUUUUAUCAAAAUUAACAUGCACCACUUUGAUUUUUUAUUUGCUUGUUGUUUUGAUUGAAUGCCCUGUCAUACUUCCAUGUAGUUAAUUCCAGAGAGUUUUGAUUUAUAGUAAACAGCUUAUUAUUUUGUUAGGAUUAAUAGCUCCAUCAUGUUAAAUGCAUUUGAAAUUGUUGAUUUUAUGUGUUAUCAUAUUAGCCAACUCAUAUUAUGUUGAUGAUUAUUUGAUAACAGCCAGACUUUAAGUGUUUAGAUAUCGUUGGUAAAUAAAUCGAAUUAUACUUGA